GCGACCUGGUCCGGAGCGCAGGGGUCGGCAGCGGCAGGCCUUCGCUGGAGGGGCGCGCACGCUCGCGUUUGCGGAGUCGGCGCUCGGCCGGGGGAGCGUGAGCCUGGGAGAUGGCAGUGAUGGAAGUGGCCUGCCCAGGCAGCCCUGCCUCAGCAGUCGAGCAGCAGAAGGAGCUUGCCAAAGCCAAGGAGAAGCCCCAGGUGUUGGCGAAGAAGCAGAGUUGCAUGCAGCUGGAAGCCAUGGGCAAGAGCCCUGUGUUCUGUGGGAAGUGGGGCCUCCUAAACGAUGUGAUCACCAAAGGCACAGCCAAGGAAGGCUCCGAGGGCGGGCCAUCCGCCAUCUCCAUUAUCGCCCAAGCAGAGUGUGAGAACAGCCAGGAGUUCAGCCCCACCUUUUCAGGACGAGUCUUCCUCGCGGGCUCGAAGCAGUAUAGCCAGUUGGAGAGUCUUGAUCAAAUCCCCAACAAUGUGGCCCAUGCAACCGAGGGCCAAAUGGCCCCUGUGUGUUGGAAGGGAAAACGUCGCAGCAAAGCCCGGAAGAAACGGAGGAAGAAGAGCGCCAAGUCCUUGGUGCAGGCUGGAGUGGCCUUGGCCAAGCCCCUGCCCAGGACCCCUGAGCAGGAGAGCUGCACAGUGCCAGUGCAGGAAGAUGAGCCUCCACUUGGCGCCCUGUAUGUCAGAAACAUCCCCCAGUUCACCAAUCCUCUGAAGGAACCAGGCCCCAGCCACCUCAGCUUUAAGAAACUCGAUGAUGGCCUUCGGCCAGUGCUGCCGCGACCGGAGCUCCACAAACUGAUCAGCCCCUUGCAGUGUCUAAAUCAUGUGUGGAAACUACAUCAUCCCUGGGACACAGGCCCCCUGCCCCGUUCCCCCCACCACUUCCCCUACAGCAGACUGCCCCAUCCCUUCCCCUUCCAUCCGCUCCAGCCCUGGAAGCCACACCCCCUGGACUCCUUGGUCCUGAGCAAAUUGGCCUGUACAGAUGGCCAGAAGCCCCUACCUGGCCCAGCUCUCGGCAAACAAAUCUAUACGAACAGUCAGAAGCCACUGCCCAGCCCAGCCCAUGAGCCCAGCUGCCCAGCUCCUGCCCAGGAGAAGUGUUCUGUGGAAGAAUACCUGGUGCACGCCCUGCGUGGCAGUGUGAGCUCGGGCCAGGCCCAUAGCCUGGCCACCUUGGCCAAGACCUGGUCAGCAGGGGGCUUCAGGCCCCAGAGGCCCAGCCCUGAAACUGAGGACAAUGAGGGGGUGCUACUUACUGAGAAACUCAAGCCGGUGGAUUACGAGUACCUCGAAGAGGUACACUGGGCCACACACCAGCCCCGCCUAGGCAGAGGCUCCUUCGGAGAGGUCCACAGGAUGAGGGACAAGCAGACAGGUUUCCAGUGUGCUGUCAAAAAGGUACGGGUCGAGGUGUUUCGGGCAGAAGAGCUGAUGGCAUGUGCAGGACUGAACUCACCCCGGAUUGUCCCUCUGUAUGGCGCCGUGAGGGAAGGUCCUUGGGUCAACAUCUUCAUGGAGCUGCUAGAAGGUGGCUCCCUGGGCCAGCUCAUAAAGCAGGAGGGCUGUCUACCAGAGGACCGGGCCCUCUUCUACCUGGGCCAGGCAUUAGAGGGGCUGGAGUACCUGCAUGCACGAAGGGUUCUGCAUGGAGACGUCAAAGCUGACAACGUGCUCCUGUCCAGCGAUGGGGACCGCGCAGCCCUCUGCGAUUUUGGCCAUGCCGUGUGCCUACGACCCAGUGGCCUGGGGAAGUCUUUGCUCACAGGUGACUCCAUCCCCGGCACAGAGACCCACAUGGCCCCUGAGGUGGUGCUGGGAAAGCCCUGUGACACCAAGGUGGACGUCUGGAGCAGCUGCUGCAUGAUGCUGCACAUGCUCAACGGCUGUCACCCAUGGACCCAGUAUUUCCGAGGACCACUCUGCCUUAAGAUCGCCCGUGAGCCUCCACCCGUGAGGGAGAUCCCAGCCUCCUGUGCCCCUCUCACAGCCCAGGCCAUCCGGGAGGGGCUGAGGAAGGAGCCUGUUCACCGCGCGUCGGCUGGGGAGCUGCUGGGGAGGGUGUGCAGGGCACUGCAGCAAGUGGGAGGUCUGAGGAGCCCCUGGAGGGGAGAGUACAAGGAGCCGAGACGCCCGCUGCGAGACCAGGCCUCCUGCCCCCAGACCCCACCUGCCCAGCUGCGGGAGUGCUCACCCCCAGACGACGACAUAGACAACACAGGCUCGGCCCCGACGGUUCAGCCACCACUGCCACCAGAGCCCCCAGAGCAGAAGGGGUCUCCCACUCUGAACUGGAGUCAAGAGGACUCUGGCCCCUGGGAACCCUUGCCUCUGUCCUCCCUGGACCCGGCCCCAGCCAAGAACUCGAGCUCACCAGAGCGGAGAGCAACCCUCCCCGAGCUGGAGCUGCAGCAGCUGGAGAUAGAGCUAUUUCUCAACAGCCUGUCCCAGCCUUUCUCUCUGGAGGAGCAGGAGCAGAUUCUCUCAUGUCUGAGUAUCGACAGCCUCUCUCUCUCAGACAGCAGUGAGGUGUGAAAGUCCAAAUACAGUCUCUCAACGGUGAGCACCUGCACAUCCGAGAGUUCCACCGGGCCAAAGUGGGAGACAUCGCAACUGGCAUCAGCAGCCAGAUCCCAGCCACGGCCUUCAGCUUGGUGACCAAAGACGGGCAGCCUGUUCGCUGUGACAUGGAGGUGCCAGACUCAGGCAUUGACCUGCAGUGCACCCUGGCCCCUGACAGCAGCUUUGCCUGGAGCUGGAGGGUAAAGCAUGGCCAGCUGGAGAACAGGCCGUAGCCCUUGCCACCGCCGCUCCACUGACGAGGCAGCGUCCUCCUCGUGCCCAGUGCUACCCUGAGAUAGGCCUGGCCUGUUUGGGGUCUGCUGUCUCCUGGGAGCAAAUGAAAUGCACCCAGGCUUCUCACCUGAGCCCUUGAGCCCUGCCCUCUACAUGAAGAGACAGAGGCUGUCUCUGGAGGAGGACCCGUGUCUGGGAACAGAAUGGAGAGCGGUGGGCGACGGUCCAGGGCCCACGCCCAGGCCACCCCAGACCGGGGCAGCAGUGGGCCCAGCCAUGGGUUUGUGGGGGCCUCAGCCCCUAGCCUGGCCGUCCUGACCAUUCCCCCUUUGGGAUGGAGGAGAAAGGAAGGGACUCGGCCUGGGACAGCUCCUUGGUAGAGCUGCCACCUUCAAGAGCUGCCGUGGCACAGGUCCUGAGUCUACCUGCAGUUCCGCCAGGGCCCAGCGAAGGUGGCAAGGGAAGUAGUUCUCAGUCUCAAGCUCAGCACGUGUGCUUUGCUGCUGGCCACCACUGCUCCCCAGAGUGCUUGGCCCCUUGCGCUCAGUUCCCUCAUCUAAGUACAGAGUGGCAAGAGUGGUUUACAGAGAGUGGGUGCUACAGAGAACGGCAAGUGCAGAUGCCCUGCUGGCCACCAGCGUCCACUCGCACUGGCCUGGCUGUCCCUGGCAUGGAGGGCCACUGCCAGCUGCACUUUGCACUCUGAUGACCUCAAAGCACUUUCCUGGCUGCCCAUCAGGAUGGCAGUGGCUCUGCGUGGUGGGGAGGGCACGGUCCCCAGUACGCACAGGUGACCUCCAGGUGCCUGCCCUCUGCUGCGGGAAGCCGCCCAGGACUCAUGAAGCAUUAAAUCAACUGUGAAUUAGAGACACUUGUCCCACACCAAGCCAGGGUGGCCUCUGUCCAGCUGUUCCGUGGAGUCAGGCUGCUGCAGAGCGCGCCCCGGCCUGGCUGAGGGGCCACAGCCUCGGCUGUGCAGCGUGUGGGUUGCAGAAAACUGUGAGGAAUAAAAUGAUGUUGACAGAA